AUGGGAUCUUCAACUCCUCAAAAUCCCACGCGGAUCGCCAUUCUAGGAAACGAAGACAUCAUUGUUGAUUUCGAUAUCUGGCGCAAUUUCGUUGCAGAAGAUUUGCUCUCAGACCUCCCCUCAUCUACCUAUGUUCUCAUCACAGAUACCAAUCUCUCACCCCUCUAUGUCCCCGCUUUCCAGCAAUCCUUCGAGGCACUUGCUGCCAAAUCGAGCUCAACACCUCGACUUCUUACCUACGAAAUUCCCCCAGGAGAGAAUUCUAAGAGCAGAGAAACAAAGGCCGAGAUCGAGGAUUGGAUGUUGUCGCAUCAAUGUACAAGGGACACAGUUAUAAUUGCUUUGGGGGGAGGAGUCAUUGGUGAUAUGAUUGGUUAUGUUGCAGCAACUUUCAUGCGCGGUGUACGAUUCGUACAAGUACCAACAACAUUGCUAGCCAUGGUUGACUCCUCAAUUGGUGGAAAGACCGCAAUCGACACGCCUUUGGGAAAGAAUCUGGUUGGCGCCUUUUGGCAACCAAAGAGAAUCUACAUAGAUUUGCGAUUCUUAGAAACCCUGCCGGUUCGCGAAUUUAUCAAUGGCAUGGCAGAAGUGGUCAAAACUGCCGCAAUCUGGGACGAAACUGAAUUCUCUGCCCUUGAGGAUAAUGCAAAUCUUAUUAUGACUACAAUUCGAGCCAAGAAUACCGAACGUUCUACAAGAUUAGCUCCUAUCCAGGACAUAUUGAAGAGAAUAGUGCUAGGCUCAGCGAAGACCAAGGCAGAUGUCGUAUCAGCAGAUGAGAGAGAAGGUGGACUACGAAAUAUUUUAAAUUUUGGCCAUUCAAUUGGACACGCAUUUGAAGCAAUCUUGACACCGCAGGUUCUUCACGGAGAAGCUGUAGCUAUUGGAAUGGUAAAGGAGGCGGAAUUGGCCCGACAUCUGGGUGUUUUGAAACCAGGAGCAGUUGCUCGUCUUGUCAAAUGCAUAGCAAGUUAUGGCCUCCCCACUUCCCUUGCAGACAAGCGCAUCCAAAAGCUCACGGCAGGCAAGCCAUGCCCCGUCGAUGUUUUAUUAGAGAAAAUGGGUGUUGACAAGAAAAAUGAUGGAAAGAAGAAGAAGAUUGUUUUGCUUUCCGCCAUUGGUAAAACACAUGAACCUAAGGCCAGCGUCGUGGAGGACCGAGCAAUCCGAGUCGUCUUAUCUGACUCGAUAGAAGUUACCCCAGGCGUGCCCGAGACUUUGAAGGUGGAGGUGACACCACCAGGCUCAAAGAGUGUUUCUAACAGAGCACUUGUACUUGCGGCUCUUGGCACAGGUUCUUGUCGCAUCAAGAAUCUCCUGCAUUCGGAUGACGUAGAAUUCAUGCUUACAUCAAUCGGUAAGCUUGGUGGUGCUACAUAUGCAUGGGAAGACGCAGGUGAGAUUCUUUGUGUGCAAGGUAAAGGGGGUGAUUUGCAUGCCAGUCCUACAGAACUCUAUAUUGGAAAUGCAGGCACUGCAUCUCGUUUCCUCACAACCGUCCUCUCGCUGUGCAAGCCUUCAGCCACAACAAAGUCUACCGUUCUUACAGGAAAUGCACGUAUGAAGGUCAGACCUAUUGGCCCAUUAGUUGACUCGUUACGUACCAACGGUGUUGAUAUCGAAUACCUUGAGAAUGAACACAGUCUUCCGGUCAAUGUUGCUGCUUCCGGUGGGUUUGCCGGAGGAGACAUUAAUCUAGCCGCUACUGUGUCGUCUCAAUAUGUCUCCUCUCUUCUUAUGUGUGCUCCAUACGCCAAGAAUCCGGUGACUCUACGCCUUGUUGGUGGGAAGCCAAUUUCCCAACUCUAUAUUGAUAUGACAACAGCGAUGAUGGCAGCUUUCGGUAUCCACGUCGUCCGAUCACAGACGGAAGAACACACAUAUCAUAUUCCGCAAGGAGUCUACAAAAAUCCAGAAGAGUAUGUGGUUGAGAGUGAUGCUAGCUCGGCAACUUACCCACUUGCUGUAGCUGCUAUCUCUGGAACUACUUGCACGAUCCCAAAUAUUGGAUCCAAAUCGAUUCAAGGUGAUGCUCGAUUUGCUAUUGAUGUUUUGAAACCAAUGGGAUGUACUGUAGUACAGACUGAUUAUUCUACCACUGUGACUGGUCCUCCCAUCGGUUCACUUCAAGCUAUUGAGGAGGUUGACAUGGAGCCAAUGACAGACGCUUUCUUGACCGCUUCAGUACUAGGCGCAGUUGCAAAGGGUACAACUAGAAUAAGGGGGAUCGCCAACCAGCGCGUCAAAGAAUGCAAUCGAAUCAAAGCCAUGAAAGAUGAACUUGCAAAGUUCGGCGUUACAUGUCGUGAGCUCGAAGAUGGAAUUGAGGUCGAUGGUCUACCUAUAAAUGAGUUGAAGCACCCAGCUCAAGGCAUUCACUCUUAUGACGAUCACCGUGUUGCAAUGAGUUUCAGUGUGUUGUCCGUCGCUGCAACCCAACCGGUUCUCAUUGAAGAGCGUGAAUGUGUUGGCAAGACCUGGCCAGGAUGGUGGGAUAUCCUUUCGCAGUCAUUCCAAGUAGGACUUGCUGGUAAGGAAGUCAAAGCUACGCAUAGCAAAAAGAGUGGAAUUCCUGCCCUUCCAGACAAGUCUAUCUUCAUUAUUGGCAUGCGUGGAGCUGGAAAAACCACCGCUGGUGCCUGGGCUGCGAAGAUUCUCGGACGACCUUACAAGGAUCUUGAUGUAGAAUUGGAACGCGUCUCGGGAAUGCCAAUACCUGACAUGGUCAGAUCGAAGGGUUGGGAUUUCUUCAGAGCUGCUGAACUAGACCUUCUGAAGCAUUGCCUGAAAGACCAGUCAGAGAAGCAUGUGUUUGCUUGUGGUGGUGGAGUCGUCGAGAUGCCUGAGGCACGUGAGCUCUUGAUCAAUUUCCAUAAGUCUGGUGGAAUUGUCCUUUUGGUUCACAGAGAUACAGAGCAGGUCAUGGAUUAUCUUCGCAUAGACAAAACUCGACCUGCAUAUGUUGAGGAUAUGAUGGGAGUCUACAUUCGUCGCAAGCCCUGGUUCAAUGAAUGCAGUAACUUCCAAUACCAUAGUAAGGGCAGCGGGACUGGUGCUCUGUCCGUUGCGGAACAGGACUUCUCUAGGUUCUUACAUCACAUUUCAGGAAAGAGCUUACACUUUGAUGAGAUGCGAAACAAGUCACACUCAUUCUUCGUUUCCCUCACAAUGCCUGAUAUAUCAUCAGCAGCAGAUAUAUUGCCUGGCAUUGCGGUGGGCUCUGAUGCUGUAGAAGUGCGUGUUGAUUUAUUGGAGGAUCCGUCUUCCACGAAUGGAAUUCCGGGUGUUGAUUUCCUAAGUGUUCAGAUUGCACAUCUGAGAUCAAUGCUUCAUUUACCUGUGAUUUUUACCGUGCGGACAGUUAGUCAGGGAGGUCGCUUCCCGGACGCUGCACAUGAAGAGGCACUAAAACUCUAUAAGCUGGCCGUGAAGAUGGGUAUCGAAUAUAUCGACUUGGAGAUUGCUUUCCCUGAUGAGAUUCUACAGGAAGUUACUGAAGCUAAAGGAUUCUCUAGAAUUAUAGCUUCACACCAUGACCCUGAGGGAACUUUGUCGUGGAAAAAUGGUGGAUGGUUCCAGCAUUACAAUAGAGCUCUUCAAUAUGGAGAUAUUAUCAAGCUUGUCGGAUCUGCUAAGAGUAUCGAGGAUAACUUUGCUCUUGCUAAAUUCAAGAAGACGAUGGCGGUUGCUCACGAUACACCUUUGAUUGCCAUCAACAUGGGUGUGGCUGGAAAACUCAGUCGUGUUUUAAAUGGGUUCAUGACACCGGUUUCGCAUCCAGCAUUGCCUUUCAAAGCAGCUCCUGGUCAACUCUCCGCUGCUGAGAUCAGAUCCACUUUGUCGACUCUUGGAGAGAUAGAGCCAAAAUCAUUCUAUCUUUUUGGUACCCCUAUCUCCCAAUCACGAUCACCUGCGCUACACAACACUCUUUUCAAGCAGACAGGAUUGCCCCAUCAAUACUCUAGACUGGAAACUGAUGUAGCAUCUGAUGUACAAGAUGUCAUUCGUGCUCCAAAUUUCGGUGGUGCAUCUGUCACAAUUCCAUUGAAACUCGACAUCAUACCUCUUCUCGACUCGGUCACUGAUGCAGUGAAGGUCAUCGGUGCAGUCAAUACCAUCAUUCCUAGUGCAGAUAAUCCACCCCGUCUCAUUGGUGAAAACACUGAUUAUCUCGGAAUGACUCACUCACUCAUAUCCGCCUCUUAUACUCCAUCACCCGUUGACUCACCUUCUCCCGCCCUCGUCAUCGGUGCUGGAGGUACUGCUCGCGCUGCUAUCUACGCCCUACACUCUCUCGGUCACUCUCCUAUCUACAUGGUCGCGCGCACCCCUUCCAAACUCGAAGUUUUGAUCUCUUCUUUCCCUACAUCUUUCAACAUAAUCCCGCUUCCAAGCACUACUUCGGCGACUGAACUCGCCAUUCCUCCUUCGGUUGCUAUCAGUACCAUACCUGCUGAUCGCCCGAUUGAAAGCAACAUGCGGGAAAUUCUUGCCAUUUUGUUGAGACAUGAGAAGAGGGACGAGGGAAAGCAGAGGACACUGUUGGAGAUGGCUUAUAAGCCUUCUCAAACUCCUCUUAUGAGAAUGGCAGAAGAUGCUGGUUGGGUUACGAUUCCUGGGUUGGAGGUUUUGAGCGCACAGGGGUGGUUUCAGUUCCAAAAAUGGACGGGAAUUAGACCUUUGUAUGCCGAUGCUCGGGCAGCAGUUAUGGAUGACAGUAUUGCUUAG